GGCUGAAAUCGUCCCUGCCAUCCCUUCCCCCCCCCUGCCGUCUCACUGCGCCUGCCCCUUGCGCGCCCUCGGCAAUUCAUUGUAUCGGAUUUAGGAGGAGACGGGAGUCGGCGUUGAACGACUACUGGAAAACAUUUGCCAGCCACCUAAAUUGCAGGCAUGGCAGCAAUCCGUAAGAAGCUGGUGAUUGUUGGAGAUGGAGCCUGUGGAAAGACCUGUCUACUGAUCGUGUUCAGUAAAGACCAGUUCCCAGAGGUCUACGUCCCUACAGUCUUUGAGAAUUAUGUAGCUGACAUUGAAGUGGAUAGCAAACAGGUGGAACUGGCUUUGUGGGACACAGCUGGACAGGAAGACUACGAUAGGCUCCGCCCCCUGUCCUAUCCUGACACUGACGUCAUCCUCAUGUGCUUUUCCAUAGACAGCCCAGACAGUUUGGAGAACAUUCCGGAAAAGUGGACGCCCGAGGUGAAACAUUUUUGCCCCAACGUUCCCAUCAUCCUUGUUGGCAACAAGAAAGAUCUCCGUAACGAUGACCACACACGUCGAGAGCUUGCCAAAAUGAAACAGGAGCCCGUCAAGGGAGAGGAGGGAUUAGACAUGGCCAAUAAAAUCAGCGCAUUCGGUUACAUGGAGUGCUCGGCGAAGACGAAGGACAGCGUGCGGGAGGUGUUUGAGAUGGCCACCAGGGCGGCACUACAAGCACGCCGGGGCAAGAAGAGCAACAAAUGCCUUCUGCUCUGAGCCACUGACUACUGGACUCUACCCCUGACAUGGGGACAAAAAGGAGAGUGGGCGGGGCCGAGGGCUGGUUGUGUGCGUGGACACCUGAUUCUUGGUGCCUCCACUUUCAACCAUUCACUAUCCACACACACACACACAUACACACACAUACAUACACAUACAUACAAACACACACACACACACACAGAGAGACAUACACACCUCCCUCAAAGCUGCCAAACUCCCUGAACAUAGAACCUAUUAAAGAAAAAAAAAGUGCUUUUAAUUUGUGACGACAUGGGAGCUUUCAUCAGUAUUUAAGCAACAUGCGGACGAGGACAUUUGUUUAUGUUCUUAAGUUUUAUCGCUUUAACUGAUUUUGGGACACCAUUGCCCUGCCCACUUGCCAAAUACUGUUAUGUGACCUUAGGAGUGGGCCGGGCCUACCUGCUGUCAAUCAAGUACUCCGCCCUGCAGGUCCUUAUGUAUGUCUUUGAUAACCAACAGGGCUGAUAUUAUUUUAUUUUUAUUUUUAAGUUUGUUGUAUGUACAAAUCAUUUUGAAGACUUGUUUUAGAUUUAGAGGACAAUAAAUAAACUGGUGAAAAAGAGUCAAGAAAAUGGUGUUCGAAAAGGGGCAUGUAUACAAGUUUGUACAUAUGAAAUGCACGCAUACUCACGUGUGACUGCUGACAUGACUGGAAGCUGCAUUUGUAAACUGUUUUCUUGUGUAAUAAAUGACUUUCUACACAGAA